AUGUAUGAAGUGUCUAUGGAACUUGAAAUUCUUGGCAAGCACCAGCACCCAAAUUUGACCACUUCCUUCUUAAAGGCAGUGGCUGAAAUGACCAAGGCAUCCAAAAACGAGGCUUGUACACUACCAAACAAAGCAGAGUCAUUUUGGAAGGAUGUCAAGUUUAACAUAUUGAAUGCAGAGAAGAAAAAAGGAAAGCUUCCUACUUCCAAUUCAUAUGUUGAAAAUACCAAGGAUAUAGAUUCCAUGGAAUCGGAGAUGGAAAAUUUCUCCAAUGGUGCUCAUAUGCAAAUGGAAGAAUGGGACUCAAUUUUAUUCAAGUUGAAUGAUUCCAAAAGAUGCCGAAGAAUAGUUGGAUCUAUUGCAGGAUCAUGUGAUGGAAUUGUGGCACUAGCCAAAGUGGAAGAAGCCUACAAGCAUGAGAGCAAAACUAAAGAGGCAAUUGGGGAAUUCAUCCGCUCUUGUUCAUUCCAUAUUCUUCAGGAUACUCUAGAUGCAGCUGAGGAUGAAACAGUAGAGAAUAGAUUGCUCCCUGCGAUGAAUAAAAUUUGGCCUUUCUUGGUUUCUUGUGUCCGAAAUAAGAAUCUAGUGAAAUCUCUUUACAUGUCUUGGAAUUUGUUGCUUAUCUUAUUUGAAACUUUUAAUGCGCAAACCAUUAGAAGAUGUUCUCAUGCGAUUAGUACAGUGGUACAAAUCUAUGGGGGUAAGUUCUUUUCUCGCCAUUUUUAUGCUGAUGGGAUUCACUUCUGGAAACUUCUAAGCACAUCACCCUUUCAAAAGAAACCCUUCUCAAGAGAAGAAAGAACCGCUUUGCAACUUCCUUACAGGAGUAUCUCCACAUCUUCAUGGGAUUCAGUUGCUGAAAUUUCAAACGUGAAAGUCCAGGCGGAAUUGCUGAACAUGAUUUCAGACUUGGCUCAGAACAAAAGAAGUGCUUCGGCAUUGGAAGUCGUCUUCAAAAAGGUUAGUGGUCUGGUGGUCGGGAUAGCAUAUAGUGGUGUUAAAGGUCUUCUAGAUGCUUCUAUUAAUGCCCUUGUUGGACUUGCAUGCGUAGACCCUGACCUGAUAUGGCUUUUAUUAUCUGAUGUUUACUACGCGAGAAAGAAAGAUUUGCCUUCACUGCUAACGGCUGAAUUUCCUGAAAUUACUGAAAUUCUGCCUCCACCUUCAUCCUAUAAAGACUACAUUUAUGUGCUGCAUGGUGUUGAAGUCUAA